AUGUACUGGGAUGAGAGACAUCCAUAUCGGAUUGGUAUGGGAACAAAAUUUGACUCCAAGCUCCAUGUGAAGACGGCUAUGACUAUGUGGAGUUUGUGGCAUCAAAGACAGUUUAAGGUCGUUGAGAGCAAGUUAAGAAGGUGGCAUGCCGUAUGCAAAUUUCCAGCGGGAACGACAGAAGAUGGGAUAGCUAUUAUCAGCGAGACCGACGCUGAAAAAGCGAAUGAAUGCUCGUGGGAAGUCUCUGUUACACAAAGGGCUCAUGAUGAUCUUUGGGAAAUUAGGAAGUGGGUGAGACGACAUACUUGUGAAGGUCAUCGUGUGAAUAGAGGACAUGCUAACUUUUCAUCAGCGAUGAUUGCUCUGUGUAUACGACAUCAAAUACAAGAAGAUGUUUCUUUCAAGGCCUCGAACAUAAAAACAUAUAUUCAUGAAAGAUUCAAUGUGGUGAUCAGUUACAAGAAGGCAUGGUAUGCACGGAGAAAGGCUUUAGAGAUUGUCUUUGGUGGAUGGGAGGAAUCAUUCAGACAGUUACCAAGCUACAUGCUUGAACUGCAGUCACAGAAUCCAGGCACAAUUGUUGAGUGGAAGCACAACGAGCUGUUGAGUCACGGACGUAAAAAGGUGUUCAAUUAUGGUUUUUGGGCAUUUGGAGCUGCUAUACAUGCUUUUCAGCUGGCCCAACCAGUUUUAACAAUUGACGGGACUCACCUUCGAGGAAGAUUUAAAGGUAAAUUGCUUGUUGCUUGUGGUGUUGAUGCUAACAAAAAAUGCUUGCCUAUUGCAUAUGCCAUUGUUGAUGAGGAAACUGGCGACAGUUGGACAUGGUUCUUGAAACAUGUCAGAAUUCAUGUGGUGAAAUACCAGAGGGAGGUGUGCAUCAUAUCGGAUAGGCAUAAAGGAAUUUUCAAGGCUAUGGAUUCUGAUGAAUGGAAAAAGGAGCCGAAAUGUCACCAUAAAUUUUGUUUGAUCCAUGUGAGGAAAAAUAUCUUGCAGAAGUGCAAGGGUCCUACUGUGAAAGGCAUGGUGUGGGCAUUGGGUGCUACAACUCAAGAGCGUAAAUAUAAGAGAAGGCGGCGUGCACUGCAUGAGGAAAGCCCUGAUGCGAUACGACAGCUGAACAGGGCCGGAAAAGAAAAUUGGUCUCUUUGUUACGAUGAUGGACUUAGAUGGGGGGUUACCUCAACAAACAUGUCGGAGUGCUACAACAAUGUUUUGAAGGGUGUAAGAGAGUUGCCAAUUAGAGCUUUGAUUGAUCUCACAUUUUGGAGAACAGUGGAAUGGUGGGCACAAAAGAAGACAAAAAUACAGCACACCGAAGGUCGGUUAACACCGUGGGCGAGGGACAAACUUGCUGAGAAUGAUGCCAAGGGGCAAAAACAUCACAUUUCUGUACUUGACCGAGGAUUAGGACAUUACCAAAUUCGAAGUCAGGCACGGUUAGAAGAUGGGAAGCCAAAGGGCAACAAUGUACAGAAGGUGCAGUUUGAAGAUUCUAAGUGCACUUGUGGGAAGUGGCAGACGUGGAGAGUUCCUUGCUCACAUGCUUGUGCAGUUGCUAGAGAUAGAGGUAUCGCUAUGUUUGAGCUCAUAUCUAAAAAAUUCCACAAAUCUACAUGGGAAGCACAGUAUUCUAGUCCUCAUCCAUGGGAUGCACCAAGACACGAAGAUUAUUGGGCUAAACCUGGAUGGAAAUUGGACAUCACCCCUGAGCAGUUGCUUCCUCGAAGGCGUGGCCGUGGUAGAAAGAAGAGGAUACCUAAUCAAAUGGAUGUCCGCGAGGAAGGUGAACCGAAAGCUCCCCGCCGUUGCAGGAAUUGUGGGCAAGAGGGACACGAUCGAAGAAAUUGCUCAGUCGGUCGUGUUAUGUAG